CCUCGAUUCUCACAUAUCUCCAUCCAUCCAUAAUCCGUCAUGAGCGACGAAGACUGGGUCACUGACUCCAACCAGGCUCUUGAGCUGCAGCUUGUGCGCCCCGACGAAGAGGACGCGCAGCUAAAGGGCGCCGAUCGCGCAGCCGUCGAGCCCUUCCACCCAACCUUCACGUACCCGAUCUUCGGCGACCAAGAGAAGAUCUUUGGCUACCGUGACCUUUCCAUCCAGCUCCGCUUCGCCAGCGGGAGUUUGAAGCAGUACCUGUCUAUAAACUACGACGAGAAGCUCGACAGCGAAGACACGCCUGCCGACGACGUUGAGCGCGAGCUGUACAAGUUCAUUCCGCCCGACUACACGAAGAGCGCUGUAGAUUUUGACACCACUGUGAAGGCGGACUCGGGGUUCACGCCCUGCGGAGACAAGAUCGCGAGCUAUUCCCGGGCGGCGGCCACGUCCAAAGGCAAAGGGAAAGCGAACGGUGCCGCGGCACCAUCUGAAGACGACGACGAUGCCGUCGUGUUCGAGGUGUACCACUCGACGUGGGACACUCCCCGCUUCCGCGAGUACCACCGGCGCAUGCAGGUGUUUGUCCUGCUGUACAUCGAGGGCGGCAGCUACAUCCAGGAGGACGAGGACGCGUGGGAGUUCUUCACUCUGUUCGAGCGGCGCAAGCGCCCGGCGGGCGGGUACUCGUUCCACUUUGUGGGCUACACGUCUGUUUAUCCUUUCUGGCACUAUCCCGAUCAGAUCCGUCUGCGCCUCAGCCAAUUCGUCAUACUCCCGCCGUACCAGCACCUCGGGCAUGGAUCACGAUUGUACAGCGCACUCUUCGACUACAUGCUCAGCCGCCCGGACGUCGCCGAGCUCACGGUCGAGGAUCCCGCGGAGGCGUUCGAAGACCUACGUGACCGCAACGACCUACGUUUCCUCGUCAAAGAGGGCGUGCCCGACGACCCGUUGUUCCUUGUUGGCGUGGGGGCGGAGAAGCGCGGAGUCAGAUCUGCGUGGGAGGCUGGGCUGCGGAAGAAGUACAAAAUCGCGCAGCGCCAGUUCGACCGCCUGCUGGAGAUGCUACUGCUGCGCCAGCUCGACCGCAAGGACGCAGACAAGGUGCGCGCUUAUCGUCUCCAGGUCAAGUCGCGCCUAUACCGCUUCAACUACGAGAUGCUCUCGACGAUGACGCCUGACGAAAGGAAAGAGGCGCUCGCCAAGACUUAUCAGUCGGUCGUAGAAGACUACGACCGCCUGCUGAAGAUGACGUUCCACUAGUGUUAUAAAUAUA